AUGGAUCGAGAACCUUGUCCGUGGCGUAUUGUCGAUGAUUGUGGUGGUGCAUUUGCUCUAGGAGCAAUUGGUGGUACACUUUUUCAUUCAAUUAAAGGAUUUCGUCAUGCUCCGAGUGGUCAAUAUCGACGUUUAUUAGGUAGUUUACAUGCAGUUAAACAACGAGCACCUCGUGUUGGAGCAUCAUUUGGUGCAUGGGGAUGCAUAUUUUCAUUGGCUGAUUGUAGUUUUGUUUAUCUAAGAAAGAAAGAAGAUCCAUGGAAUUCAAUUAUGAGUGGUGCAUUAACUGGUGCAGUUUUACAAGCUCGACAGGGACCUGGUGCUAUGGUAGCUUCAGCUAUGAUUGGUGGAUUUAUUCUUGCCAUGAUUGAAGGAACAGGUAUAUUGAUGAAUCGAUAUAGUCAAAUGCUUAUGCCACAGCCUGGACAAGAAGAACCUCCACCUGAUAUCGAUAAAGGCAAAAUCGAUCUUUCGAUGUCACCGAUAUUCAGUUCAUCUCCUGGACAAUCUACCUCAACAAAUGAAAUUAUCUAUGAAAUAUUUGAAUAUAUUGAUACUUAUGAUGUUUAUUAUAUAUUUUUCAAUCUUAAUAAACGAUUUGAAAAUUUAUUUCUAAAUUCUAAUCUUCCUCUUCAAAUAAAUAUUUCAACAAUAUCAAAAUCAAAAUUUGAAGAUUAUCAUCAAAAUAUUAUUAUACCCAACAGACAUCGAAUUGAUAUUCUUCGAUUAUCAAAUCCAUUUACUGUUGAUAUUAUUUUUUCACCACCACGUAUUAUUUUAAAAUUUAUUCAACUUAAAACAUUAGUUCUUGAUAAUAUUGAUGCUAAAUAUUUAAAAAAUAUUCUUAAUCAUUCAAUUCAUUUAUCUAAAUUACAUUCAUUAACUAUUCAUCUUAUUGAUUUUAUUAAAAAUUCUACUGAUUUUUAUCUUCAAAUAUUUCGUUUACCUAAAUUAAAAUAUUGCAAAAUUAAAUUAUCAACAAUGGAUGAUCUAACAUUAUCAACUAAUAUAUUUAGUUCAAUUGAACAUCUUGUAAUUAAUACUUGUUUUCCAUAUGAAUCUUUUCAUAAUUUAUUAUCAUAUCUUCCUCAACUUCGUUAUUUAUCAAUUGAUGUUAUUUAUGAUUGUUAUCAUAAACCAAUAGAUUUCUCUCCUAUUGUAUUGAAAUCUUUGAAAUAUAUUUCACUUAAACUUUCUUCUAUGAAUUUUAAUCAAUUUGAACAGAUUGUUAAAAAUUUCUUUCAUUAUAUUGAAGUUUUACAUAUUACAUCAAGUAAUGAUUCAGAAUUUUUAAAUGCAAAACGAUGGGAAAAAUUAAUUUUAUCUUCGAUGUCAAAUUUACGUAUUUUUGAUAUUAAUCAUAGUGGUCUUGUAGGAAAUAAUUCUACAAUAUAUCAUGAUGUAAUUAAUGAAUUUAAUUCAUCAUUUUGGAUUUUAAAACAAUGGUUUUUUAAACAUCAACAUAGUUGGGAAAAAGGUUCAGAUAGUGGAAUAUUUUAUUCAACAAAUCCAUAUCGAAGAAAAGAUUAUAAAUUAUAUUGUCAAAUAAAUAAACAAAUUUGUUUAAAUAUUCAAGAAAAUAAUUUAAAUUUAGUUAAACAUCUUCUUAUUGGUGGUAAACAAAUAAUAAAUAAUUCGAUUAAUUAUUUUACAAAUGUUAAUGAAUUAACAAUUAAAGAUGAUUUUAAAAUAUCUCAUCAUUCAAUUUCAACAAUUCUCAAUCAAAUUAUUUCAUUAAAACAACUUAUUAAAUUAAAUAUUACUCAUUCUAAUUUUUCUAUUGAACAAUUAAUGAAAUUAUUACAUUUUACACCUAAUCUACAUACAAUAAAAUAUUUCUCAAUAUUCUUUAAUGGAAUUGAUUUAACAUCAAUUAAAAAAAUUGAUUUAUCAACUAAAAAUCAAGUUAAAAAAUUAGAAAUUUAUCAUGAAGGAUGUACAAUAGAAGAAUUUCAAAUUAUUCUUAACAUAUUUCCACAAUUAGAAUAUUUUAAAAUUGGAAUGAGUCAAAAUGAAAUUGAACAAUUUAUACCAUUUUUAGCUUCAAAAACUUAUUUUAAAACACAUUCUUUAUUUUUCUUAUGUAUUUCACAAUUACGUAAAAGAUUUAUACCAGAAUUGAAUAGAUUAAUUAAAUCAAAAAAUUUACAUGAUGAUUAUUUGAUUAAAAUUGUUUAUUGUGAUUUAUAUUUAUGGUGGUAA